AUGAUUUCACAAACAAUCAAUAUUAACCAUCGUAUCGGUAUUAAAUCAGAUAUUUCCAAUGUAUAUGAAGCUUUAUCUACAAUAAAAGGACUCUCUGGAUGGUGGACUGAAGAGGUCAGUGGAGAUUCCAAUGUUGGAGGCAAGAUCAAUUUCUUUUUUAGAUCCCUCACCGGUGAGUUACAAGGUCAGAUGGUAAUGGAAGUGACUAAAUCGAUCGCUAAUCAAGCAGUUCACUGGCGUUGCCUCGAAGGACCACAAGAGUGGAUCGGUACAGAUUUCCAGUUUAAUCUCACUCAACAAGGUGAACACACCAUAGUAUUAUUCGCAAAUUUGAACUGGCGAGAGUACGUAGAAUUCACUUCUCAUUGCAGCAUGAAAUGGGCAACUUUUCUCUUAAGUCUUCGUUCUCUAGUGGAAGAAGGUAAAGGUAGACCAGCUCCCAAUGACAUCAAAAUCGACAAUUGGAAUUAA